UCCCAGGACUUGCUGCGGGAGGCUGCGGGAGAGUCGGCCCGGUUCACCUCCACCCGGCAGAGGAAAGACGCGUUUAGCCUCUCCGAUAGACCCGAACCCGCUACCGGUGCGAGCCCACGCACGCACGAGAGCUCUCCGAGUGCUGCAAUGGAGGAUGGGAAGCCGGUGUGGGCGCCCCACCCGACAGACGGGUUCCAGCUGGGGACCAUCGUGGACAUCGGAGCCGACAGUUUGACCAUCGAGCCUCUUAAACAGAAGGGAAAGACGUUUUUGGCGCCGAUCAACCAAGUCUUCCCCGCCGAGGACGACAUCAACAAACAUGUGGAGGACAACUGUUCUUUGAUGUACUUGAAUGAAGCCACUCUCCUCAACAACGUUCGCGUGCGAUACAGCAAAGACAAAAUUUAUACGUUUGUAGCCAACAUCCUGAUUGCUGUGAAUCCGUACUAUGACAUCCCCAAGCUUUACUCUCCAGACACCAUCAGGCAGUACCACGGCAGGUCGCUGGGCACCCUGCCCCCCCAUGUCUACGCCAUCGCUGAUAAGGCUUACAGGGACAUGAAAGUUCUGAAGAUGAGCCAGUCCAUCGUUGUCUCAGGUGAAUCUGGUGCCGGAAAGACGGAAAACACCAAGUUUGUUCUCAGAUACUUAACUAUGUCGUACGGUACCGGUCAAGAUAUAGAUGAGAGGAUAGUGGAGGCCAAUCCCUUACUGGAGGCUUUUGGAAACGCUAAAACCGUCAGGAACAACAACAGCAGCCGCUUCGGGAAGUUUGUGGAAAUUCACUUCAAUGAAAAGAAUGCCGUAGUGGGGGGCUUCGUGUCUCAUUACCUGCUGGAGAAGUCGCGGAUCUGUCGGCAGGGAUCAGAGGAGAGGAACUACCACAUCUUCUAUCGGCUGUGUGCCGGUGCCUCAGAGGACAUCCAGCAGAAGUUCCACCUCAGCUCCCCCGACACCUUCAGGUACCUGAACAGAGGAUGCACGCGCUUCUUUGCAAACAAGGAAACCGACAAACAGAUUCUGCAGAACCGCAAGAGCCCAGAGCAUGUGAAGGCGGGGCCUCUGAAGGACCCGCUGCUGGACGACCAUGGAGACUUCAACAGGAUGUGCGUGGCCAUGAAGAAGAUCGGUCUGGACGACACGGAGAAGCUGGACCUGUUCAGGGUGGUGAGCGGGGUGCUCCACCUGGGCAACAUCGACUUCGAGGAGGCGGGGAGCACCUCAGGCGGCUGCACCAUAAAGAACCAGUCGAGUCAGACGGUGGAGUACUGCGCUGAGCUUCUGGGCCUGGAUGAGGAGGACCUGCGAGUCAGCCUCACCACCAGGGUCAUGCUCACAACUGCAGGGGGCAUCAAAGGAACAGUUAUCAAAGUUCCUCUGAAAGUGGAGCAGGCAAACCACGCACGAGACGCCUUGGCGAAGGCCGUGUACAGCCGCCUCUUUGACCAUGUGGUGACGCGUGUUAACCAGUGCUUCCCCUUCGACUCCUCCUCCAACUUCAUUGGCGUCCUGGACAUCGCUGGCUUUGAGUACUUUGAACACAACAGCUUUGAGCAGUUCUGCAUCAACUACUGUAAUGAGAAGCUGCAGCAGUUUUUCAACGAACGCAUCCUGAAAGAGGAGCAAGAGCUGUACCAGAGGGAGGGGCUCGGCGUUAACGAGGUCCACUAUGUCGACAAUCAGGACUGCAUCGACCUGGUGGAGGGGAAGUUGGUGGGUAUUCUGGACAUACUGGAUGAAGAGAAUCGACUACCUCAGCCCAGCGACCAGCACUUUACUGAGACUAUACAUAACAAACACAAAGAACACUUCCGCCUGACGGUGCCCCGGAAAUCAAAGCUGGCGGUCCAUCGAAACGUGAGGGACGAUGAAGGCUUCAUCGUCCGCCAUUUUGCAGGAGCCGUCUGCUACGAGACGACCAAGUUUGUGGAGAAGAACAACGACGCGUUGCACAUGUCCCUGGAGUGUCUGGUGAGCGAGUCCAGAGACCGUUUUAUCCGAGAACUCUUCGAGAACACCAACAACAGCAAAGACACCAAGCAGAAGGCCGGCAAGCUCAGCUUCAUCAGCGUGGGCAACAAAUUCAAGACGCAGCUGAAUAUUCUGUUGGAAAAGCUCCGCAGCACGGGGUCCAGUUUUAUUCGUUGUAUUAAGCCCAACCUGAAGAUGAUCAGUCACAAGUUUGAGGGGGCUCAGAUUCUCUCUCAGCUGCAGUGUUCUGGGAUGGUGUCGGUGCUGGACCUCAUGCAGGGGGGCUUCCCCUCCAGGGCUCCCUUCCAUGAGCUCUACAACAUGUACCAGAAGUACAUGCCGCCCAAGCUGACCCGGCUGGACCCGCGCCUCUUCUGCAAGGCCUUAUUCAAAGCACUGGGCUUGAACGAGAACGACUACAAGUUCGGCCUGACGCGGGUGUUUUUCCGUCCGGGGAAGUUUGCAGAGUUUGACCAGAUUAUGAAGUCGGAUCCGGACCACCUGGCAGAACUGGUGAAGAAAGUCAACAAGUGGCUUAUCCACAGCCGCUGGAAGAAGGUCCAGUGGUGCGCCUUGUCCGUCAUCAAAUUGAAGAAUAAGAUGUUGUACAGGGUGAGCGCCUGCAUCAAGAUGCAGAAGACGGUCCGGAUGUGGCUGUGCAGGAGGAAACACAAACCCCGGAUCGACGGGCUGGUCAAGGUGCGUAAUCUGAAGAAGAGGAUGGACCGCUUCAAUGAGGUGGUGUCCGGCCUGAAGGAGGGCAAACAGGAAAUGAGUCAGCAGGUCCAAGAGCUGGAGGCUUUCAUCGACACCCUGAUGGCCAAAAUUAAAUGCACCAUCAUGUCCCGCAUUGAGAUCGACCACGAGUACCAGGCGCUGGUGACGCGCUCGGAGCAGCUGCUGACGGCCCUGCAGAACAGGAGGAAGGAGGAGGAAGAGAGGGAGCGACUCAAACACAUCCAGGAAGAGAUGGAGAGAGAGAGGAAGAGGAGGGAAGAGGAGGAGCAGCGCCGCAAACAGGAGGAUGAAGACCGACGUCUGAAAGCUGAGAUGGAACAGAAGAGGAAGCAGGAGGAGGAGGAGCGAAAGAGGAGAGAGGAGGAGGAGAAGAGGAUUCAGCUGGAGUUGGAGCGGCAGCUGGAGGGGGAGCGGGAGGUGGAGGUGGCCCGGCAGGCGGUUCUGGAGCAGGAGAGGAGGGACAGGGAGUUGGCCAUGAGGAUCGCCCAGAGCGAGGCCGAGCUCAUCCCAGAGGAGGUGCAGGGCGACGCCGGCCUGCGCAGUAAUGGCACAUCGGGCAUCCCGUCUUCUCCCGAGAGAGCAGUCGCUGGUGGAACUCCAUUUGUGAAGAACUUGACCAUGGAGGAAAUGGCGAAGGAGAUGACCGAGCUCCUGUCGAGAGGUCCUCAGGUCCAGGCAAGCAAGGCUGCGGUCGGCACCAAGAAGUACGAGCUGAGCAAGUGGAAGUACGCUGAGCUGAGAGAUGCCAUCAAUACCUCAUGUGACAUCGAGUUACUGGCUGCCUGCAGGGAGGAGUUCCACCGCCGGCUCAAAGUGUACCACGCCUGGAAAUCCAAGAACAAGAAACGCAACACAGACGCCGAACAGCGGGCCCCUAAAUCUGUCACCGACUACGCCCAGCAGAACCUGGCCCCACCCAUCCCAGCCCGGCAACAUGAAGUAGCCAUGAACAGGCAGCAGCGCUACUUCCGGAUCCCCUUCAUUCGGCCGGGUGACCAGUACAAAGACCCACAGAACAAGAAGAAGGGCUGGUGGUACGCCCACUUUGACGGACCCUGGAUCGCCAGACAGAUGGAGCUUCACCCCGAUAAACACCCCAUCCUGCUGGUGGCAGGAAAAGACGAUAUGGAGAUGUGUGAGCUGAGCCUGGAGGAGACGGGGCUGACCCGAAAGAGGGGGGCGGAGAUCCUCCCCCGUCAGUUCGAGGAGAUCUGGGAGCGCUGCGGUGGCAUCCAGUACCUCCGUAGCGCCAUCGAGAGCCGGCAAGCACGCCCCACUUACGCCACGGCCAUGCUGCAGAGCAUGCUCAAAUAGUGGGAGGAGGGGCAUCCGGCUGCAAAAAACAAAAGGGACGACUGCACCAGCUAGCAAACGCACGGAUGGCGUGUUGAGCGCACUGCACCAGGCUCUGACUGUAGGGCACUCAGAUGUGAACAGCUUCCUACUCAGUUGUCUUCAUUUUUUUUUUUUUCUGUUUUGGUUGUUAAUGUUGAUCUUGUUGACUUUUGGUUCCUUGAUGAAGGCAGCAGGGGGAGUUUUGCAUUAAACCCUAUGCAGAAAAUGGAGAAAAAAAUCCAGUGAAUCAUCACAUUUGGUCGCAUUUUCCCAAGGAAUUCUGUUUUAUGUGGUAUUACCGCAGUUCUAACUACGAGGCCUUAAAGACGACUAACAGGGUUUUAAUGAUUAACGUAGGGACCGUUUUCAAAGCUGCCCCCCCCCACCAAAAAAAUAGAAGUUAUACUCUUUAUUAAUUCGUAUUCAUUUAUAAAUCUACAUUCACACCUGAUCACGACUCCCCACUCCGUCUCCUCCGUCUCAAGUUAGCCAGCGAUCUUUCCGUUUACAUCGCUGUCAUAGAUUAGUUGUGACAGCAGCUAACCGAGGUGUCAGGCCUUCAAGAGUUUAUGUAAUAACCCAAUCAAACGUUUGAAAAUACUGUAACUUUUUUUUCUCAACUUUUAUGCUUCCAGCUGAAUGUAAUUUGAGCCUUUGUUGAUUUCAUUUAAUGAUUUGUGUUUGGUUUUAUCUUGUGUGAUUAAACAUGUUAAGCUAAUGAGAAAGGCAAAGGGUGGUAACGAAUACCUUUGCCUUUCAGUCAAGCCCAACCAUUUUUCAGAAAAAUGCAAAUCCAUCUUUGGGCAACGCUGUUAGUCAACUCAGCUUAUUUUUUUUAAUUAAUUUUACUGGUGAUUUAUCGAGCAUUGUUGUGGGAACAGAGAUUAUUGAACUAAAUUAUGCAAUUUCUACGAUAAAACCUCACACAUUCACGUCUGAUGAGUGUUUAGGAGCUAAGCAUUAAAAAAGUAAAUCCACUGCAAAAAGAAUCGUCUUAACAAGUCUUUAAUCUCAUUCAGAUGUACAAGAGUCCUAAAACAGAAGUGAAGUCAAACCUUCCUCCUCUGAAAGCUGUUUUACCGUUUUCAGAGUUUAAAUUUCAUUUGAAAAAUGCGGCUCUUUGCUUUAACAUGUCAAGUAAUUUUCAGACAGUGCAUUGUGAAACUAAAGACCCAACUCGGCAUGAAGAGUUGGAAUUGAGUGAGAUUGUUCCGCCACACUACUAAAUUUGUCUUAUGUCGUUUGUUUUUUUAAUCUUAGCUGACGUGUUAAGGACGUUUGUUUUUUGUGAGGAGCUAGCUGGGCGAGGUACUGCAUCUCCCUCUUUACAUGACACUGGUACUCACUCCAAUACUGGAAGGUUCAUACAAACACUGAAUAUUUUAUACACAAAAGUAUGUGUAACUAAAUGAUAUUCUGAUGGGAAUGUUAACAUUUAUUUUUCUAAAUGCUCAGCUUCUACUCCCGGCAGUUUGGAAACGGGAGGUUGUAGUUAAAGUAAAGCAAUAAUUAACAUCGACUAAGCUAAGACGAAAGGAGGGGCGUACAGACACGUUAACCCAAUCUCAGGUAAGGCUGUCCAGUCUGGUCGAUGUAGCGGCGCCCUGUGGUGUGUUCGGAGGCAGCGGGGGCCCCGCGUCAGCCCUCGGUUAAGACCGCAGUAUUUUAAGAAAAACUACAAUACCAGAGGGAGGUUCUGCUCACUGUGGCUCUCCUGGGGAAAGAAUCGGAUGUACGACUAAACUGUCUGGCGUUUGUUAAGAUCUGUCUCUCUCCACGCUUUACAAUCAUUCCUCCGAUGUGACUGCCUUUUAUUUCCCACUGUUUUCCUUUUUUAUUCCUCAUGCUGACCUAACAGAUGAAUAAAAUGCAUCCCAUGUUUCACUCA